GUUUUUCCGCCAUUUUGUCUGGCCCUGCCUGGACUCACUGCGCUGCACUGGAGGAAGUGACGCAAUCAUCCGGAAAGGAAAUACAUCUCCGAAGAAAACAGACGCCACACUUUUCAGUUUUUCACUGGACAGCAGUGUGGUAGUAAAACUGUGUGAAAGUUGAAGGGUGUGAAUACUUUCCCGCGCAGCGCCGAGUCUAUUUAAGGAGCGCUGCGGCGCCACGCCUCCCUGCUGGAUCCGCUCCUCCAGCUCCGCUAGCUGCGCUGCUGCAGAGCGGCUUCACCAUCCAGGACGGGCGGAUCGGAACCAGCAACAGCGACCGGACCCGGACCCGAACCGGGACCCAGAGAGUCAGAGGGAGGGUGGGGGGAGAAUGUGACAACUGCUGGAGGCUGCACCGCCUUUAGGGAGGCCUCGGCUCUUGCACCUGUCCCUCUCCGUCUCCGCGACCAGGCGCAGUUCGGGCAGAGCGACGCUUCUUUCUUACCGGAGAGGCGCUCUCUCUCACACACGGACAGCCGGAGGGAGGCGCGCACACCGCCGCAGACACCGGCCAGGCAGGCAGCAUGACUUCAGCCUACAACCUGGAUUUUCUGCCCGAUAUGAUGGUGGAGAGCCGCCUGCUCGUCCCUGGAGACAGAAUUAACGGCACGGCCGGGAAGAUGAACGGGGCGCUGGAGCAUUCGGACCAGCCGGACCCGGACGCCAUCAAGAUGUUUGUGGGUCAGAUCCCGCGCUCCUGGUCGGAGAAGGAGCUGAAGGAGCUGUUUGAGCCGUACGGCGCCGUUUACCAGAUCAACAUCCUCCGGGACCGCAGCCAGAACCCUCCACAGAGCAAAGGCUGCUGUUUUGUCACGUUUUACACAAGGAAAGCUGCCCUUGAAGCCCAGAAUGCACUGCAUAACAUAAAGACCUUAACAGGGAUGCAUCACCCUAUUCAGAUGAAACCUGCAGACAGUGAGAAAUCUAAUGCUGUUGAAGACAGGAAGCUGUUCAUCGGCAUGGUGUCGAAGAAGUGCAACGAGAACGACAUCCGGGUCAUGUUCUCCGCGUUCGGCCAGAUCGAGGAGUGCCGGAUCCUCCGGGGGCCCGACGGGCUCAGCAGAGGUUGUGCGUUUGUCACGUUUUCCACCAGAGCCAUGGCACAGAAUGCAAUCAAAGCCAUGCACCAGUCUCAGACCAUGGAGGGCUGCUCGUCUCCCAUCGUGGUGAAGUUCGCCGACACGCAGAAGGACAAGGAGCAGCGGCGUCUGCAGCAGCAGCUGGCGCAGCAGAUGCAGCAGCUCAACAGUGCGACCACCUGGGGGAGCCUGACGGGCCUGGGCGGCCUCACCCCGCAGUACCUGGCUGUAAGAGUCGCCGCCGCGCCGCCCGCCUCCAUCAUCACCUCCUCCUCCGUCACACCCUGCAGCCCCGUGGCCAGCGCAGCCACACUGCUGCAGCAGGCCGCCUCCUCCGGCAACCUGGGCGCCUUCAGCGGGAUCCAGCAGAUGGCCGGUAUGAGCGCUCUGCAGUUGCAGAACCUGGCCACUUUAGCGGCAGCGGCGGCGGCGGCCCAAAACUCAGCCAGCCCCUCCACCGCAAACCCCCUGUCCUCCAGCGCCGCCUCCCUGGGAGCGUUGGCCAGCCCAGCAGCAGGCACAACGGCCAGCUCCAACGCCGGUGCCAUGAACUCUCUGACCUCUCUGGGUACCCUGCAGGGCCUGGCAGGCGCAACUGUUGGCCUGAACAACAUUAAUGCACUAGCAGGUAGCAUCAACAUUGCUCAAAUGCUCUCAGGUAUGGCGGCUCUAAACGGAGGCCUGGGCGGCGCAGGGCUCACCAACGGCACGGCAGGCACCAUGGACGCGCUGACGCAGGCCUACUCAGGGAUCCAGCAGUACGCCGCCGCAGCGCUGCCCACCCUCUACAGCCAGUCCCUGCUGCAGCAGCAAGGGGCCGCCGGCAGCCAGAAGGAGGGGCCUGAAGGUGCCAACCUCUUCAUCUACCACCUGCCCCAGGAGUUCGGAGACCAGGAUCUACUGCAGAUGUUCAUGCCUUUUGGAAACGUGGUCUCCGCCAAAGUCUUCAUCGACAAACAGACAAACCUUAGCAAGUGCUUUGGCUUCGUCAGCUACGACAAUCCAGUGUCGGCACAGGCAGCCAUUCAGGCCAUGAACGGCUUCCAGAUCGGCAUGAAGCGGCUGAAGGUGCAGCUGAAGCGCUCCAAGAACGACAGCAAACCUUACUGAUCUUAGCACUAGGUCUGUCCGCUCCCCCAGUUAGCACUGCUAGGGUAAGUCUCCCUCCCCCAUUUAAAAAGAGCAAAAGUGAUGGUUAAAAACAGUUUAUUGAAAUAAAGUGAGCCUUGGCCUCCUGGGGAGCGGGGGAGGGUCGGGGUGAACAGAGGGAUUGUGGGAGCUAGAUGACCUACAACCACCUGAGGGAGACGCACUUUUCUUUCUUUUUGAAGAUUUCUAUGUAAGCCUUCAACUAUUAUUAUUUAUUACAGCUUUUGACACACAUGAACACUUCCAUUUCUGCCAUUACUUUGUGCAAUCUACUUUUCUUUCUCUUUACAAUGGAAGAAAGUUUUUUUUUAAAAGAAUAGUUUCUUUAAACUUUAAUUUUAUUCUUUUACAUUGAUUAUUUAUACGUUUAUAAAGACUAGUUUGAGUGGAAAGUCGAGACUAAGGAGCCAUGGUACCAUCAUUUUCUGCUUUAAUUUUCUGUUUUGAACUCGAAGGCUGUGAUGGUUCAUUUUUCAAAAUUUCCUCUUUUUUUUUUACGCGCUCGCCAAUAUGCACAUUCGCCCUUUGACCUCCACGGUGUUGGUUGCAGGCCGCCGCUGCUUCUCAGAAAAACCCCUUGAUGCCUGCUGGCAACCCGGGAGCAAAGGCUGCAAAACAUUCGUGGCCUCUUAACUGUAAAGUUACACUCUACCACCACAAGAAGACAAAAAAUACACAAAAUCCAGCUAAACAUUCUCGUUUAUGUACAAAUACAGUUUUUCUUAUUUCACAGAAGUUUAAAAAAAAUUGUUCUUACUUUUCUGGGUCGGAUCACAUUGGUCUUUUAUGUGAAAAGAUUAUAACAGCAUGUAGAUUUGAAAAAAAAGAUAAACUAAAUCCAGAAUUUGUGGAAAGAAACAAUAGUACUACAAAAAUAAGUUUAUGGGUUGAAGGGGCGGGUAUCUGAAAAUACUUGAGGUUUGUUGACAGAUUAAAAAAAUAAUUCAAAGUACAGUAAAGCCACAGGCCUGUAAAUUUUAUUUGUAAAAAAGCAGUUCUAUUUUUAUACAACAUUUUUACUGCCUCAGAUGAAGAAAAAAUGAUUUUAUUUAUUGCCUAUCGUUAAGUUAUUGGACUCCGAUAAAGUAAACAGCAUCGCUCAACUCGACCCUGUGGAGAAACCAGCUGGAGUUCUCCGGUGGUUUUCCUUUUUUAAAGUCCUUUCACGCGAGUCUUUGUGUUUGUUUUGUUAAUGUUUUGUGCAGAAACAUGAUGACAGAUUUCAUAAGCCCUCCCUCAACCCGCCGUCUCUGUGACCUCCAUCCGUCUUUACGUUUUACAACGCGUACGUCUCCAUUUGUCCUCUUCGAUUUCGUUAGGGUUGUUUUAAACGUUUAAUUUUUACAUGUUUUUGUCUGUCUGUCUGUCUGUCCCCCCCUCCCGUCUGUAAAAUUUAAAAUACAUUUCUAAAGCAGAAGAAAAUUGAUAAAAGUUAAAUAUUUCUCCCCAAACGACUCCAUCCAUCUGGGACGUGAUGGAUACGGCUUUGGGUGUGAAUGUGCGUUGUUGCUCGUAAAUAUAGAUCUAUAACAUUAAUGUCAGUUUUCUAGUAUGUAAAGAAAUGUAAAAUUAAUGCUAAAUGAGCGCAGUGUGUCGUGUUGCUGUUUACCGGUUUGUUUGUUGUUUGUUGUUGACUUUUGAUUUGGUUUUCUUUGGAAGAUGAUGCUGUUGUGGUGUGCUGCUCUGGCUCUCUGUGUGUAACUCUCUCCUCUCCCGUUUUUUCUUUCCCCCUUUUAGAACAACCCAUCUCCAUGCCUGUUAGUUCAUCGUUUGCCUAGCAUGUCUUCGUGGCGUCCAAAAAAAACAAACAAAAAAACUUUAAACAAAAAAGCAAACAAAAAAAGUGUCCUCUUCCUCCUACCCCGUCAUUGUUUCUCUGAUGUCUUUUCCGAGCUCACCUGAUCAUAACCUGGUUCUCCUCCACCGCUGCCUACUGAUCUUUUCAGCUUUUAGCUUUUUGGACUUUUAAAUAUCAGUUUUAUCUUUUGGUUUUGUGUUUCUUUUUCUUUCUUUUCUGUUUUUUUUUUGCAUGUGACCUCAUUUGGAUUUUAGGGAGGCGUGGGUAAGAAAAUAAAUUAAUGUGAAAAAGAUAAAGCUGCAUUCAUAUGAAAUUCAACUAGAAAGACUUUUAUGAACAAAUGUUCUCUUUGAGGUAAAAAAUGACAACCUGUGGUUAAAAAAGUGAUUUCCAUUCUUUAUGUGAGUUUUUUCUUUCCUUCUUUCAUUUUAACGUAAACUUGAAAGUUCACUACAGGAAUUGGCGCUUCAUCUUGCUUCUGGUUGCAGACGGAGAAACAAACAAAAAAAGCAGCACCAGAAGCAGUUAGUGCCAGUUUCUCUGAGAAAUAAGACUACUUCCACACAGUUUUAAUAAAAACUGUCUGAUCCACAUUAGACUCUCAGAGCUCUCUAAUGGUUUUUACAUUUUUCAGGCAGUGUAAAGUUUUUUGAUAAGGCCAUUUUAAGUGGCUCUGUUUCUCAUUCAAAGUCUAUAUAUAGAACCACUUUUUCUAGAGUAGUUUAAAGGUAAAAAAAUAAAAAAUAAAAAAGGACAUUUGCCCUGUUUGGGGGGGAGAAAUGCUACCUACUUGUGUCACCUUUUGCUGAACUGACUCACAGAUAGACAAUCCGUGGUUUUAAAUGCACAUGAUGAAAUGACCUAUAUUUUCUACUGUUUAAAUGUAUAGAGGAAAAAACUACGAUACCUGUAACCCACGUUAACGUCGGUGCUUCUUGUGAGUUUAGUUGUGGUUUCAUCACAAGUCUAACGGUCUUAAAUGUCUCAUGUUUUCUCAAGAGAAGACAAAAAAAAUCAGUUUACUUGAACAAUAGACAAAGCCUUUCAUAUUACUAUAAUAGUUAAUUUGUUUUUUUUAUUUUAUUUUUAAGGAGUCCCUAUUUGCUAAAUCUCUUGUUGGUUAAUUAGCUAUAUAAAAUUCCUAAAAAUAUAUAUAAAUAUAAAUAUAUCUAUAAAUAUAUAUAUAAAAUGUCAGCUCGUGAAGCAUCAAUGUCAUUAUUAUUUUAUUUCUCUCGUGGGAAACAAUAUUUAGAUGUGUUGUUCAGCAAAAUGUCUUAUAAGGAAAAAAAGACAAGAUCAGUGGAGUUUAGUGCCAAAUCCUGGAGGUACUUCCUGCCUAGCGCGUCAGUGUAUUUCUUGUGAAAUAAUUUGAUAACAUGGGUAUUUUAUUAUAAGUGUUUUGUAUGGAUCCCUCAUAUUUAAAGUAUAGAUUUAAAAAAAGAGUUUGUUAACUUGCUAUUCUGUGGUCUUGUUGCCUGACAAUGUCAUGUUUGCUUUUUUCUUUGUAAAGAUGUAAAAAGUGCCCAUGUGUCAUAUAAAUAUAUAUAUAUAAAUAUAUCUAUACACACAUAUGCACACAUGGACACACAAACACUCGUGCAGACCUCAGUUUACUUUUUAAAUGUGCAUGAGAGCCCCUGAGCGUGAAAUCCUCUUCAGCAACCGCUGCUACCAACAACACACACACACACACACUCAUCACUUUAAUAUUUUUAGCCACUGUACCGCUGUUUGAGUCAUGAAAGCCUUACCACAAAUCUUUGCACUCCUGUUCUCUCUGUUUUUAUUAGCGUCUCUCGCGCUCAGACGCAGACGUCAGGCUUCGCCGUGCUUUCUCUCCUGACUCCAUCCCAGCUGAAAAUAUUAAAGCGAGAGUCCUACGUGAAGCCUUAUUUCUCUAAAUCCCUUAUUGUUAAGUUCAAAAACCUUUCGGAGUCGUUUGUAUCUGAUGGCGAGAAUCGUUACUGUUUAUCACCUCCGAGGAGCGAAACGCUUUCAUGAUGUAAGCACAGGGCAAGACUCGUUCAUUCAGCCUCAGUCUGUUUAGGAAAAAGCACACGUCGCCGUCAGUCCGUCCGCCGGGUCGGGGAGGAGGCGGGACGCUCCGGAUCUGCUGCUCAACUCUUUUAUUUAUUUUCUUUGUCUCGUCGUGUAAUGGGCCAAAAUCAUGUAUAGAUGCCAAAGUGUGUUAUUGACAUUCACAUAGUCGAGCCGUUUACAUGGCACAGUGUUGUCAGUCUAUUCAACUGCCCCUCCCUGAAAGCCUCGUUUACGGUCUGCAAAAAAGACAAAAAAAAGGCAGCAUUAUUUUCUACAGAAGCUCACCAGUCGCCUUAACCAGGGAGAGUCGCACCAGUGUUAGAAAGGUAAGGAUGUUGUGCCAAGUCCAGGUUCAGUUCUGUGUGCCGUUAACGCCCCAUCUGUUUGGGUUUCCUCCAUUUCGUCCACCAAGGCGGGAAGAGACGCCGCGCACUCUUCUCCGGAUUGUUGUCUCCCAGGCUAACCGAGGUUAUUAGAAACAGGAGGAGCAUCUUAUUGGAACGGCGACGGGGGAAAUAAAAAGCUUGUUGGCUUAAGAGGAAGAGGUCGCGUCUGCAGGUCCACACAGGAAAAAACAACGGCCAGAGCCGAGAUGAAGGCAGCGCCGCUUUCAUUAGAUGCUCAACACCAAACCCAAUUGUUAUUUCUCAGAUUGUGGAACUUUAAUGCUGCAUACGUCAAAGUGGAGAAAGAAACAGCCAUAACUACAGUUUAACAGCCGGAAAAUUUUAGAACCAACGGAGCAAUUUAUGUGAGCAGUGGACCUAAAAGGUUUACACACCAGUUAAAGUUUCUCACGAAUAUUUAUCGGAUUAGACGCAUCGGACGUUUAGGGCUAGAACACAGAUAGUCUGAUGUCUGGAAAAUUAAUACAGUUUUAUGCAUUUUGGCCUUUAAUCCACCUAAAUAUUAUUAUCUAUGGAAACUCCAACCAAAGUGUAAGGAAACAGUUUAUGUCUUCUGAAAACUGAAACUGAGUUUUAGAUUCUGCUAAUUUAUCCUCACUCUUUCUUUGACACGAUUCCAAAUCAACAUCGUCUUUAUAUCCUGCUUCGGUCAUUAAAAGUAAUUCAAUCUGUCCACACAAGUGAACUUCCUGCCGCCAUAUUUAAUCUGCAACAGGAAGUUGUCUUUGUUUUGAAGGAUUCUGAUUGGCUGGGUUUAGUUUUGCGCUACACUGCCCCCUAUGUGUUUGGUAUGUUUAAAACAUCAUGAGUACGAUACUUUUUAAAACAAAGUGGUGGAGAUAUUUGUUUAUGGUACAUGUGGCAGCAAUCUCCUGCAUCGUUUAUUUAUUUAUGGUACAAAAAGUCAGAAUAAGCUUCGACAAAUUUAGCAACAACACCUUGGAGGGCUCCAAAACAAAUGUCAGAUUAUUAAAAAUCAGAAGUUGAACUGAAAAGUUGGGGGUUUUCAGCUCACACUGGGUGGCCAAGGUGGAGGGAACCAUGACCCGUCCCAAAUCAAAAUCAAACUGACAAACAGCUUCAGUUUUUAGCAGGACGACGCCCUUCAAGAGUCCAGAUCAACAAAAUAAUGAGGAAAUGACCAGAAUCCAGAGCUGAAUCUGAUUCCUUUCCAAUCUGACAGAUCUGGGUCGUUUUCCCUCCUGAUGGUCCGAUUGAUUCGGUUCGACUGGGAACCAAAAACCAACCUGUUCCCCUCCAGGCCUGUGGGGGCGCUGCACCAAGACGUAUAAUUUUGUGUUUGGUGUUACUCUGACUUCCUUGGUCCUCUUGGCGUUCACAUAUGCAUUCACCUCACCUGAACCAAACCGAGGUUUUGUAGGCGGAGCUGAGUUUUCCUGCGCAUUCGAACUCGAGUUUGAUUAAAGCGAACUAAACAAAAGAAAAGUGGGCUAAUAUUUCCGAGUCAAUUGUUCUACGUUAGACGUUAAAUCGGUCGUUCUUAAUCAGAAAAACCUUCCAUUUUAACAUGGUGUGUAAACUUUUUAUAUCCUCGGUACAACUCCAUAUUUCACACUCUCACUUCUCUCUUGCUCAGUAUAUUUUAAUUUAAACACAUCGAGCAUGUCUUUAACAUGCUCGAUGUUAAAGACCUGUAAAAGUCCAAAAACGAUAUUUUGCGCUGCCAAAUUGCACCGUCUUGCACACAGCCCGACGUGGCGCAGCGUUAGCGUGAAGCAUCUGGCCUUUGGAAGCACAAGAAGCCGAGUUUCUGUGGAGCGUCUCACCUCAGGGGCUGUCAUCGCCGACGCUCGUUGUAAUCUUUCUAUCUCGUCACUGUUCACUUCUCUGUUCUCCUUCUUUCUUAAUUAUCUUAAGUGCUAUUUAUCAAAUACUGAAAUCUAAAAGGACAAAAAAAAUCUAACUUGUUGUUUCUUUGCAUUAUGGCUUAUGUCAAGUUUUUUGAGGAGAAAAAUGUUUUGUGUGUUCUCUUUCUGUGGCGUAAAAACAGAGCUUGUUGUCUGUAAAGAAAAAAAGUACAAAAAUUUACCAAAAAAAUCUGAUUUUUGUUGUUGCUGUUGUUGCUUUUGUUAAUUUUGACUCUCAAAAUGGUUUUCAGUAGUUUCAGAGUUAUUGUCUUGAGAGAAGCCAAAGUCAAUGCAUUUCAGUGGAUCCUGUAAGCGUGAUGUAUGUUUGUUUGACAACACUUGGAAAUCUGUCACUGGAUGGGAUUUAAAAAGUACAAAAAAUGCAGGCUUUCCUAUUUCUACAACUGAUUGUACUUAUGCAUUUUGUACCAGUGGAAUUUUUUAUACUGGAGAUUAAAGGAUACAACAAAAAAAUCUUAGAAAAACGCUGUCUGGCCUGUUGAUGUGGCCUGACCCGACUGGUCCCCGAGUUUGAUUUCUAGCUGGCAUCAAGAACGUUGGCUUUUGAUAUAAGAUUUUCUAAAAGAUCUUUGGCUUUAUUUCUUUCACUUCUUUUUCCUCACUUUAAUGUUUGUUUCUUUUUCAAAAAAGGAGGGUAGGUGAGUGUCAGACUUUUCAUUUUACUUAUUAGUAGUUCUAGCAAGUUUGUCUAUACAACAGCGGUAAGUUUCAUUUGACUUCUGUAUUGUCGUCUACACGAUAAGACAAUUAUAGAAAAAGAAAGAAUAGAAGUAUUUAGUCACCUUCAGUGGAUUAAUGUAUUAGUUUAAUAAAGAGAUCAACUAAUUAGAAACUUUUUGCUUUUAGCUGUUUAGAGUUUUUCCGGUUUCUCUGUCCUUCUCUGUGAACUAACUGUGUAGCUGAAGCAGUCAGAAUUAUUUUUGUAAACGUAUGUUCUUGUGUGAUGCAGUUUUUUGCUUCUGUCUCCUAUAUUAAACCAUUUUUCCUAAUA